UGGAAUGUAUUUUUUGAUUUAAUUGUUUACAAUUGUAAUUUUAAAGAUUAAAGAUGAAUAUUUGCAAUUCAAAAAGACCGCCAUUACAUCAUCUUCAUGACUAAUAGUCAGAUUAACCAAUCAUGUUGCUCCUUAUGUAUUGUUAUUACUUUUGUGUACUCAAAUGUCGCCAACAAAUUGAUUAAUUGUUAACUUAAAUUGUUUUUUUAUUCUCAUUUGUUUGUUAAUCUAUCCUGAUCUUUUACAAUGGCAGAUAGAAGAGCUGAAUUGGAAAAGAAGAGACAACGAUUAGCUCAAUUGCAAGCAGAAAAAGAAAGACGGCAAAGAGAGAAGGAAGCAGCUUUGCUUGAGCAAGCUGGAUCAAAUGCUCCAUCAUCGGGGAAAAACACAGGAGACUUGAGAAGAGAAGCUAACCAACUGUUAACUCAACUAGGAAUCGAUCCAUUAGGGGAUAUAGCACAAUUAACUCCUUCACCUAAUACUGAAGUGUCGUCUGAAACAACCAGUGGACAACAUGCCGCAGAACCACCCGUGGAAGAACCAAAAAAGAAGCCAAUUAGCCUUGCAUUAGUUAAUGUCAAUGAAAUUAACAUUCCACCUAAGGAAAGUGUAACUUACAAUAAACAGACGCAGACGACGGGAUCCGGAUCUGAUAGAGAUGGAUUUCCUUACGGUUCACCAGCAGAUGGACCAUCCAAAAAGAAAGCACAUCCUGUGGACUACUAUGUUAUUCACUGGGACGAAGAGACCGAUUCCAUCGAUUUUUUAGAAUGGGAAGAUGAAUUCCAAGUGCUUACGUAUGAUGACAAGUAUGCUCACGAUGAGGAGGAUGUGGAAGGAUCAUCGCUUCAAUAUGGAACAUCAAACAUUUUUCCAAAAGUAUCCCGUCAAGUAUCUACCGGCAGUGGACUGCCAAACGUUGGUAUGGUUGAACCAGCAAAGACUCCAUUGGAACGUGAAGCUAAAGAAGAAACAAAGGAACCGAUAAAAGAAAAGAAAGAUCUAACUGAAGAAAGAAAACUUCAAAUCAUGAAUAGUACAGAAUUUCUCAAAUUUUUUGAUCGAGCAACUAGAAUAGUGGAAAAGGCAUUAUUUUGGAAUGAAUCGCCUGAUAUUUUCAUCGAUUAUACUGGAGCAAAAGAGGAUAUGGAAAGUGAGGAUCAGUCUGGUGCUAGUCUUACUUUUAAUAAAUGCUUUUUCGAUGAAAGAUGGUCGAAAAAUCGCACUGUUACCUGUUUCGAUUGGUCAACUCAAUUUCCUGAGCUUCUAGCUGUUUCUUAUAACAAUAAUGAAGACCUUCCAACGGAUCCUGAUGGAGUUUGCCUUAUAUGGAACAUGAAGUUUCGUAAAACUACUCCUGAAUAUGUACUGCAUUGCCAAUCACCUUUAGUGUCAGUUUGUUUCGCCAAAUUUCAUCCCAAUUUGAUCGUUGGAGGUACUUACUCUGGUCAAAUUGUGCUAUGGGACAAUCGUGUCAACAAACGAACACCAAUCCAGCGAAGUCCCCUUUCGGCAUCAGCUCACACUCAUCCUAUCUAUUGUAUUCAAAUUGUUGGUACCCAAAAUGCUCACAAUUUGAUUACAGUUUCAACUGAUGGUAAACUAUGCUCUUGGAGUCUAGAUAUGCUGUCUUCACCUCAAGAUACUAUGGAACUGAGCCAGCAAAAACAAUCCAAACCAGUAGCUGUUACUUCAAUCUCUUUCCCUUAUGGAGAUUAUAAUAAUUUUGUUAUUGGAAGUGAAGAAGGUGCCGUUUACACAGCCUGUCGACACGGGUCUAAAGCAGGAAUUUUGGAUAUAUAUGAGGGUCAUCAAGGACCAGUGACAAAUGUAGAUUGUCAUUCUGUAAAUACUCAAAUUGACUUUUCACAUCUAUUUUUAACAUCAUCUAUUGAUUGGACCGUUAAACUGUGGAGUAGUAAAGAUAAAACGGGGAAACCAUUGUAUUCAUUCGAAGAUAACUGUGAUUAUAUUUAUGAUGUUCGGUGGUCACCCGUUCAUCCAGCACUAUUUUCAACGGUAGAUGGUAUGGGACGAAUAGAUGUUUGGAAUCUCAAUAAUGACACUGAACUUCCAACCGCCUCGGUUACAUUAGAUGGUAACCCUGCCCUUAACAGAGUUAUAUGGACACCAUCUGGUAAUCAAUUAGCAAUCGGUGAUGAUAAUGGAAAAGUUUAUAUUUAUGAUGUCGGAGAGCAACUUGCAUAUCCAAAAGGAGAUGAAUCAACUAAACUAAUGCUUACCCUACAAGAAUUGAAAAUGAAUAAGGUGGAACCUGAUGUAUCCGAAAUUAGCAGUGAUACUGCUUAUUCAAGCAUGUCUGUGAAUCUUUCACCUUUUUCGAGCCAAUCAUUGCGUUGAUCGCAACUAAUUAACUGAUGAUUUUAUCAGAUGGACCAAAGUGUAACUUUGUAAAUCAAAAAAAGUAAGAUAAGGGCAAAAUUUUUUUAAUUUGUAACCACAAUCAAAUGUGUUAGAAUAAAUGCAAUAUUAUUCAAAUUAU